AUUUCGGUGCGGAAUUUCGAAGAGCAAUCGAAAGUCGCAAACGGACAAUUUACAGCAACGAAGGCGAGUUUUGGAUAGAUUUUUCAUUUUAAAACUACAUUUUAGGACAUUCUUAGGCGGUUCUUCUGGAAUACAAGUAAAGAUCGGGUUUAUACGAUGGCUGAAGAGCCUAUUUCUGUACGGUGCACAAAAUUAAAAGGAGUUUUAAACGAGAAUGGUCGAACAGACGACAAGACAUGGCAACUUUCAAACGAAGCUUUACUUGAUGGCUUUAUAGCUCUAUUUGAUGAAUGCAGCUCAGAACACUUGCAAAAAGAUAAACACGUUGCUGAAUUUGUUAAAAAAUGUAAGUACCAGUAGAAAGGUAUUUUGAAAAUUGUAAAUUUUUCACUAAACCUCGCUAUAUCCAAGUUUACAUUUGUCAAAUUUUAUUUGUACCAGAGCCAAUGGAAGUAUUUCGAUUGCCUAGUUUUGACCGCUUGUAUUCAAUAUUACUGGUAUUUUAUAGUGUGUUUUGAUGGCAUAUAUAUGUUUGGUAUUAUUUAGAAGCAAUUCUCUUGGGAGGGUGUUUAUCAGUCACCCUUGUAAUUGUACUUAAUACCAUUAGACUCGGCUAUUGUACCAAAGUAAUUAAGGGUCACAUCCAUAUUCAAGUUUUCCCAUGAAACGUCAAAAGUAUUAUUCUAUGAGCAGACUAUGACGUUUAAUUGCUCGAAUGUUUUUGGCUGUCUGGCCAAAAGAAUGCCUUGCCAUAAGCUAUGCCACGCUUGACAUGUUCAAGACUGAGUGCGUUUCGAUAAAUGUUUUGCAUGGCAACUAGCUUGAAUGUGAAUUUUGCUGGCCCUUAAUGAAUACAUUUGCCAUCAAAAACAUUCCAUCAAACAUAUAUUGAGGGCCUGUUUAUACGGAAGCUGGGCUGGCCCGCUUAGAGAGACAGCCCGGUAAGCGAGAUCUCGCUGUGUAGUUAUUUUUAUAAUAAAUAUGGUGCGUUUAUAUGGACAAGCGGCUGGCUCGGUUGCUGAGAUCUCGCUUGAAAUAGGUGAGAUCUUGCUUACUGGGAUGGAAAUUUCUCCAUAUAAACACUCACAAGUGGGCUAGCCGGGAUGAAAGUUCAAAGAUACUGCCGCAAGCUAUUUUUAACAACUGUCAAAACAACAUCAAUGUAACAAAAUUGUCCCGGCAAGCAGGAUGAAAUUCUCAUAUAAACACAAGAGAAAUUCAUCCCGCUUACCUGUCUCGCCAAGCAAGCCAGCCCGGCUUCCAUAUAAACAGGCUCUGAGUUGUGCACUCAGUCUGUCAAAAACAUACAGUAUUUGAUACACUAUAAAGUGUAAAAAUGUCAGUGAGUGUUUCUUACACCAGUGGGUACAUAUUUAAAUGUCGUACCUUGACAAACCAUUCCUUUACCUCACAGACAAGGAUGAUGUGACAAGGCUAAGAAACACCAGACCGUCGAUCUCAGAUUUCAAAGUAAUCAGCAUCAUUGGUCGAGGACAUUUUGGUCAGGUAUAACAUCUAGUAUAUUGCUCAACAUCAAUGUUCGUUGAAAAUGAUUUUAGAAAUUAAUUUAUUGCUGUAUAUAAAUAUCAGACCAAAUUCUACUCAAUAUUUCAUAAUUCUUUAUAAAGGUACAAGUUGUGAAAGAGGUUCAAACAAACAAUGUUUAUGCUUUAAAAACUUUGAAGAAAUCUGAAAUGCUUUCACAGGAAAAUGUAAGAGAAUAAAAAUAUUAAUAUUAAAGUGGGCGGUUGCUUGUGGGGAGACGGACAGUCUAGGGAGUCUUAAUUAAUUAAGUCAUCUCAAUUAACUAGACAUAAGUGCAUAUUGAUUAGAUAGCAACACAACUCAGCUAUGUAACCAAAUUAUAAUGUAUCACUACUUUCAAUCUUAAACAAGAUAACUUAAUCACUAAAUCAGUUUGACGAAAGAGUUUGUUGUUAUCAAAAAUGACCAGGCUAUAAAGUAGACCGGCCAGAUUGAGGAAAAAUAACUUUGUCCAAAAGCUCAGAGUGGAGGAAAGAGAGCAGGAUUAUUUCAAGUACUAAGCAAAGUAACUUGAAUCACCCAUUGCUGCCGGUCCUUUUUGAAAGUCCUUCCAUAUGGCUAAAUUGUGCCAGCUAAAUUGCAUGCCUCGGCAAGUGAUGCUGAAUCUAACUCCCUUUCAUUACUUAACGUAGGUUGCAUUUUUCGAAGAAGAGAAAGAGAUUAUGGCGUGCAAUGGAUCUCCUUGGAUAACCACGUUACAAUACGCAUUUCAAGAUGUUCAAAACUUGUACCUUGUUAUGGAGUUCCAUCCAGGGGGGGACCUGCUCACGUUACUUGGUAAACAAGAAGAUGAGAUACUCGAUGAGAAGAUUGCAAAGUUUUAUCUUGCGGAAAUUGUGCUCGCCUUGCACAGUCUGCAUGAGUUGGGAUACGUUCACAGGUAUUAAUAGCUUAACCCAUUAAGUUGCAUUGUGACCUGGCUUUUACAGGAAUACUACUACAAACAUAUAUAAUGACACUCAUAUUUGAUCUGUGUUUGAUUGCUGCAGAGAUGUGAAGCCGGACAAUAUUCUGAUUGACAAGAAUGGUCACAUUAAACUUGCUGACUUUGGGUCUGCUGCCAAAUUGUCAAAAAGUGACGAGAAGGCAAGUAAUGUUUUUGUGUUUACCCAAAAUAUGUCCCCUUUAUGACCAUAAUAAAAACUAAAUUAACCCCCUCCCUGAAAAAGUGAGCUGUCUUCCCCCCUCCAAUCAAAAAUUGAGCUCCACCCUCCCCUAAGAAAAUAAAUCCUGAGAGCCCCCCCCCACACACACACACACACUCUGUUGGGAUUUUGAGCUUUACACCCACCCAAAUAAAAUGAGGAAUGGACACUCCCCACCUCCCCCCCCCUCCCCCCUUCUAGUAAAAUUGAACAUUGCCCCACCCAUUUUCCCUGAUAAAUUGAGGUCUACCUUUCCCUAAGAAAUUGAGCUAAUUGUUGCCCCACCCCCUAAUUAAAUUGAGAAAUCAAGUGAGUCCCCCUGCCCCUGAGAUACCUGAAUUCUGAAAUGACCACACAUCAAUCUAUUUCAGGUUCAUUCAAAAAUGGCUGUUGGCACGCCCGAGUACAUCUCGCCCGAGGUCCUGACAAGUAUGGAGGGGUCGGGUAACGGGUAUGGUGUCGAGUGUGAUUGGUGGUCGCUGGGGGUGGUGGCAUAUGAAAUGGUGUAUGGGAACACACCAUUCUCAGGAGACUCGGUUGCAUUUACCUACAGUAAAAUUAUGAAUUUCAAGGUUGGUAUAGGAAUACAAUUUUCUAAAGAUUUGUAAUUUAAAACGUUAAUGUAAAAUUAUUUUACAAGUAUGUUGUAUCAUCAUUUUCAACAUGUUAUUUUUUAGGAGUCACUGUCAUUCCCCACUGGUUUCAAAGCAAGCGCGGCCAUGAAAGGUCUAAUCCGAGGUCUUUUGACUGACAUUGAAAAUCGUUUCGGUUACGCCCAUCUGGUGAAACAUUCCUUCUUCAAGGACGUAGAAUGGUCAUCACUAGCGACAGGUAGGUCAUUAAAAUAAAGUAGCCGUGUCGUAUAAUCACAGGGCUGCAGGUUCGGGAAUUCCUGCCAGAGUACCUAUAGUUUCAUUUUUCACAACGGUCUAAUAAAAAUUCAAGUCGCAAUUUCAAUUUCGUUUUUCACCGGCAUAAUAAAUCUUGGAUUUCUCCAUUUCAGAGCAACCGCCAUUCAUUCCAACAAUCACAGGAGUUGACGACACUUCCAAUUUUGAUGAAUUUGACCCUGAGGACGAACAGCCGACGUUCGGAAGUAAAACUCCCAUGAAGAAAGUGUUUUGCGGGAAACAUCUGCCCUUUGUUGGCUUUACAUUCAUGAAAUGUGACGACGAGUAAGUGCAUUAGAAAAUAUCGAGGUGAAGUCUUACCUAGCAUGUAGUUGUAUGUGCACUACAUAUACUCUCGUCAACUUUGAAGUGGUUUAAAUUUGAUGAGAGUUGAUGAGACUUUCUUCGCUACGCGCGCAGUAAUAUAUCCAGCCAACUCUCAUGCAUGAAACGGUUGAGAAAACUCUUAUGCAAACUCUCGCUUCUCAACUCUGAUCAUGCAGCUCUGAUCAUGCAGCUCUCAUGUAACUCUUGUUCUCGUUUGACCGGGGCAUGAGAGUUUUCUCAACUCUCAUGUAAACUCUCAACUCUCAUGCAAACUCUCAACUCUCAUGCAAACUCUCGCUUCUCAACUCUCAUGCAACUCUUGUUCUCGUUUGACCGGGGCAUGAGAGUUGAGAAAACUCUCAUGCGAACUCUCGCUUCUCAACUCUCGUGCAACUAUUGAGUAUUGUUCUCGUUUGACUAGGACAUGAGAGUUGAGAAAACUCUCAUGCGAACUCUCGCUGCUCAACUCUCAUGCAAUUCUUGUUCUCGUUUGACCGUUUUCUCAACUCUCAUGCAAACUCUUGCUUCUCAACUCUUAUUCUUGUUUGACCAUGAGGCCUUAACAAUAAUUAAGUCCUCUGCAGAUGAGAGUGUCUAUACAUGCAUGCUAAUCUUUAAUAGAACCCAUUCCUUAUCACAAGAUCUUAACGUUGAUCCCUUAUGGCUAGAAAACAAUAUUUCCUGGUUUGCCCAUCUCCUGAAAACAGGGCUAUCAGGAUUUUUUUCAGGAUUUUCUCUUGGGUCCGUUUUUGCAGAGAAGAUCGAGUUUAGCUGAACAGCUGAGGUGGCUGCACCCCCCCCCCCCAAACCGGGGGGCUGACACCUGUACUCAAUAAAUGUAGUUGAGACGGAAUGUGUUAAAGCAGGGGCAAUAAGGGACACUAUAAACUGUUUAAAGAUGGCGAAUGCAUAGUUUUUCUUGUGUUGUGAGAUGAAUUCCAGCCAUUUUUUCCUAAUUGUUGGGCUUCCAACUGAGAACUAAUUUCCACACGUACGAAAUUUAACUCAAACAACUUCUUUUUUAUUGCACUGAAACUUUGGUGAGAAGAUUGAAUUGCAAAACUCAAUUUAAGAUUGAGUUUUUGGGGCCGUUUAACUAACGUUUAACUAAAAAAUCCAUGAAAAAAAACCUGGGCUAUAGGAAACAACAUGGGUUGGCCGAAACAGCCCAGUUAUGCAUGUUCUCAUGGUUUAUGUUCUGUGUUCUAAUUCAGAGCUAUGAAAAGUGCAACACUUGGAUCAAGUCCUGUUGAAAAUGACAUCAACACUCAUGACGUAAGCAGCUCUGAAGACAGAGAAAGUUCUGAGAAGAUGGUGGAUGAACUUCAAUCGUUGUUAAAGCAGAGGGAAGAUGUUCUGGAGAAUGAAAAAGAUCUACUUGAGAAAGAGAAGAUUUUGAAGGAAACAGAAAUAAAGGUUGGUUUUGUGAAGACAUUUAAUGUGGAGCCGUUCACCAUUGCGAAUAGGAGGUUUGGUUGGUUUCAAUAAGCCUUAAGCCUGGUUAACACUAUCAAAGAUUCUGUGAUCAUAUAGUAGGAAUUUUGCAUAGGACAUUUCUCAGUUUUGAAGGAUUUCUAAGAAAUGAUUGAGGGAACUGAGUGUUUUAACAAUGAGUCACUUCCUCAAACAUGUCUUACAAAUCCUUCAAAACUUAGAAUUUAUCCAUAUAUGCAAAAUUCCUACUGUGAUCACAGAAACUUGGAUAGUGUAAAUCAAUCUUAAUUUUGCUUGUGAUGUUUAUACUCUGAGUGUAUAUCCACACCGGGCAAGCUUGAAAAAUAUGCCUGGCCACGGUGGGAAUCGAACCUACGACCUUUGGAGUACUAGCCCAUUAAGCCCAAUGCUCUUCCAAUUGAGCUACGCGGUCAGGUCGGCUCGAGUAUGUGAUAUUUCGGAACUUAUAAUAAAUUUAUAAACACAAGCUCGAUUACCACGUAUAAUGAAAGAGUGAAUAUUAUUUUUACACUUUGGUACCUUCCCGCUUGAUCGAACAUCGUCUGUUUAAUACAUAACACCUACUGUAUAUCAUGACAAACGCCGUUUAAACAAUUUCCAGGAUUUGAAAAAGAGGUUGGACGAAGAGCGUAAACAACGGCAUAAUGCGGACAACAGCGCAAUCAAAUUGAUGUCAGAGGUGGAAGAGAUGAGAACGAAAGCUCGAGACUUACGCAAGCAAGAAACUAGGUAACAUUUGUAGAAAUGACUUCUCUGAACUUCGUCAAUUUUAUUCGAAUUUAAUGCUUUUUUUCCAUCCCGGAACUUUCUUAUUAGGGAGCUUAAGAUCCACCAAAUCUGCGACACGGACGCGAUUAAAAAACAAUCGCUGAUAAUUGGAGACUAGUUUUACUUUGUUUUUCUCGUGUCCCUGGCUUUGUUUACCAACAACAAUCCAUAGUUUUUACCCGUGAAGUGAAACUGUGUGACAGUUUUUCGUCACGUCCGCGUCGUAGAUUUGGUGUGUAUCUUAAGCUCCCUAUUGACAAGUGAAAUACCGUAUUAUACUAGUGUAGCGUUAUUCCCUAAACAAGCGGGUCUCUGUGAGUAAGUAUUUUUAAAGAUCUCAAUCCAUGCAGAGCGGCGUUUGACGAACAACAAGCUGUCAUGACACAAAUGGAGGAAGAUCGUUUUGUCGCUAUGAAACGAACACAGCGGCUGGAAGAUGAAUUAUCCGCACAGAAGAAAGUGAGUAGCUUGAUGAUUGUAUAGUUAUAAUUUGUAUUUAUAAAAAAAUUGUAUAAGUUUAUAGCUAUGGUAUAAAGAUUUUUUCUGCACUUUGAACACUUGGUUGAUUGUUGAAACUGAAUAUUGGAGUGGAUGGAUGAUUCAAGUGAUGAUAUAUGUACACUUUUUAUGCCUGUGUUUCACCAUAUGUGUAAUUUUGAAAUAUUUUUUCAAUAUUUUAGAUGGUGGAGGACAGAAACAUCACAUUGAAAGAAAUGCAGAAAACUGUCGAUGAGGUGGGUAUAUAUACUGUCUUGAUUUUCUUGCAAUGUGCUUGACUUGAGUUAGCUACAGUACAGUGUAUGUCUCGUUUCUUUCUGUAUAGCUCAAAGAACAGCUCAAAGAAUCGAAACAAAAUACCGACAGUCAAGUUGUUGAGGUACUGUAUAAAAAAAUAACUAAACUAACUUUAUUUAAGCUGGAUAGCUCUAUCAGUUCUAAACUGUUCUCCUUAGAGGUCCAGUAAGAGUCAUCUCUUAUUGAUCCAGUGUUACUACAGGAGGAAACCUAAACUAAACUAACUUUAUUUAUACUGGAUAGCUCUAUCAGUAACAGUUGUAAAAUGUUCUUCAUAGAGAUCCAGUAAGGAUCAUCUUUUAUUGAUUCAUUGAAAGAUGAUCUGGUGUUACUACAAGAGGAAACCUAAAGAAAUUCUACAGUAACAGGCAGAGUCAAUCUGGAAGCAUUCUUCCCACGUGUGACUAAUUACCUUGUUUAGUACUGCUAUAAUAGACCCGCAUAAUCUAGUCUGUUUUCUCAUUGCCAAGGUUCUAGCUCGAAUCAGACAAGUUCAGGAACUUGAAAGUAGACACUGUAGCACAGUUCAGAGAGUGAAACAUCUUCAGUCAGUUAGAAGGCAGACUAGUCCUUUAGCAAUCACACCAACGACCAGCAGACGCGUAGAAGAAAUAUCCAACAGAGUAUUGGUAAUAUUAGUUUAGUGUAGAUGUUUAGGUUAUGGAAAUGACGAUUCUCGUCCCUGGAUGGCGAGGUGUACACGUAAUCCUCAUUGGCACUCAUUCAACAACUGGAUGUAGACUGGGCGAGAACACAUUUCAUGAGGAAUUGAGAAUAAACGCAGAUUACCAUACGGCAUCCCGACUUUAUAAUCAGCCGUCUCUUUAAGCCGGUUUUCCACUAGGUGAAUUUGUCGUCCCGAAGCGACUGUUCCCUUUGUGGGCAUCACGCAGAUUGGGAGAAACCACAUUUCAUGAGGAAUUAGCCAGGAAUAAACGCAGAUUACCAUACGGCAUCCCGACUUCGUAAUAACUCUUUAAGCCGGUUUUCCACUAGGCGAAUUUGUUGGCCCGAAGCGACUGUUUCCUUUGUGGGCAUCACUUUUCGCGAACAAAUUCGUCUGGUGAAAAACAGGCAUAACCCUGUGGAUAAACUUGAACUGCAUAUCUGUGCCAGGGUAGCUAUUGCCAAUAAUAUAAACAAGCUUUCGUUGGUAGCGAUGCAACUACCUGAAUAAUAUAAGGAGAAUUUCGACGUUUCGAACUGCAGACGAAUUAAGGGCCUUCGCUCGAAACGUCGAAAUUCUCCUUAUAUUUUUCAGGUAGUUGCGUCUCUACCAACGAAAGCUUGUUAACCCAGUGCAACUUGCUUAACUUAUGCUUGUGCAUCUUUCAACAUUAUAAUUAUGUAUAGGAGGCCAUCUUACAAUGCCAAGAAAAGGAAAAAAGUGACCUGAAGAAAUUACGUGAAAAAUUGAAACAGAAAGUUGACGAAUGUUGCCAAAUGGAAACUGAACUUCUGGUGGGUGCAUUGAAUUUACUUUAUGAAACUUCAAACUUGACACACCGCACUAACCACACUUGUUACCCGUGUAGAAUGUUGGAAUUUCCAGUUAACGACGUUAGUUUUCUUCGUUUUUAGAACAGCAAAUCUCUCACGAGAAAACUGGAGAAGGCCGAGGAAAAAUUAUCACAGGUAUGUAUUGAUCAAUCGUGGUUUGUGUCUGAACUACAUUGAAAACACUCGAACUACAUUGAAAACACUCGAACGUUUCAAGGCUCUUCGUCACGACGUUGGUCGACCUAUUAUUUCAACAUCUAAUAUUUUAGGCUGAAAAAGAAAAUAAAUUGUUGGAUGAAGCCAUUAAGAAAAUGGAGAAAGAAGUUGAGGAAACUCAUGUGAGUCAUGUUAAACUAAAUUAACUUUAUUUUAUACUGGAUAGUUCUAUCGGUUCUAAUCUGUUCUUCCUAGAGUCCAGUAAGGAUCGUCCAUUAUUGAUCCAGUGAGCAAUGUUACUACAGGAGGAAACCUAAACUAAAACUAACUUUAUAGUGGAUAAGUCCAUCAAUUCUAAACUGUCCUAAAUUGUUCCACAGUUACUACAGAAGGAAACCUAAAGACAAAUGCAUUCAUGACUAAAUCACGCAAUAGAUGAAUAUAUUGUAUACUAAAAGAUACAGUAACUGAUAAAUGAUUAAUUGAUUCAAUAUUUAAUCGUUACUUUUCUUUCUUAGGAUUCCACUGAAGAAAUAAAACGCCAGGUAGCCGCACAGAAGAAAACUAUUCAAGAGAAUGAAAGCACUGUUGAAAAAUUGAAAGGAGAACUUCAGCUUGCUACGAAUAAUCACGCAUCAACUUCGCAUCAAAAUGAGGUUUCUUCAUAUUCUUUGUGCCAUUUUAAGUAGAAUAUUUUAAGAGUCAUGCUAUCUAAACGAUAUCUAAUAUAAUUCAUAAUAAGCUGCCGUCGUUUGUGUCUAAACUACCUGGGAAGAAUCAAAACCCUGAUCAAAACACUUCUUGAAACGUCGAAGUUUUUUAUUCGUUUUCUGAUAGUUCAACUGCAUCUUAUAUUCGUAUUGUAGACUACGACCUACAUUUGACCACCGCGUUUGAGAUAUCAUUUAAUUUUUGUACAGGAAUUGAAGUCGCGAAUCGGUAAAUUGAAUGAAAAUUUGACAAAUCUGAAGAACUCUUACGAAACACAAAAGAAGGAACUGGCAGAGAAACAACAAUGCAUGGAGAAAUUGGAUGCAGAGAACAACAGCCACUUCACGUCACAACUGGAGCUAAAGUGUAAGGAAUUGAGUGACGCCCAGGCAAAAGAAACGGUACGAAUGAUUUGCAAGAGGAUGUAAAUGUCCAGUCUGUGGUACCGAAAUAUAAUUCUAGCACUUUGUUUAUCAGGAACUACAGAAGAACAUUGCAAUGCUGACGGCAGAGUUGACGGAAGUGACAAUGAUUAAAAAUGAACUGGAGGAAGACGUCGAACAGAAGGAAAGCCUGAUUGAAAACCUUCUCAAGAAUGAACUGGUAAAAUUUCAAAUUUUCCGUAUUCUUUAAACAUUGUACUCGCUCGUAGCCAUAUGCACUCUUAUCCGAGGCGUUCGACUUGUGAUUUUGAUCUAGGCAAGAAGAACAAAAUCCAUCACCACAGCUUGCGAAAUGUUGUAAAAUGCGGGAAAUAUAGCCCUACGAAAUUUGCAAAUUUUGUAUUAACUUGUAUUGACCCAAAUGUGGUGCAUUUUCCCGCGCGUAAUACAAAUUAAUACAAAUUUUGCCGGGCCAAACUUUGCAAUUUUACCAAUUUUAACAUGCUCUUUCUAGCUGUGGUGAUGGAUUUUGUUCUGCAUGCCUAGAUCAAAAUUUAGUCUACAGGGUGUAUAAAAAAAAACGCAAUUCAUCUUUUGUGCUUAAUAACUUUUGAAAUACUAUUUCUUGUUAAACGCUUUUAGGCUUACUUCAAAGCCUGUUCUUUUCUCUUUAAAACAAACUAUUAUCCUUGUCUCCAAUGUUAGUAACAAUUGCACAGGAAAAGAUUUAGUAAAACCUAUAAUUUUUAGUUGCUGUUUAAAUAUGCAAGUUUAUUAUGUUAUUGUUUAGUCGGUUUAAAUGUUAGGAUUUUCUUCUUUAAACUUUAAUGUUGUCGUCACUUCAUCUGGAAAACCAUGUAAGAACAAAUUAAAAGUAUUUUAAAAGAGACCAGGUUGUUUGAAAAUCCUAAACGAAUGCUAAAAAUCGUCAAAUCAUUCUGGUGUCUGAGCCAGAGUGUCAUCGAAUUGCGAUGUAAUGUAAACAGAAAUUAUAGCAAGUUGAUGUCAGUCAACUUAGAUGGUCCAAGCCAAAAUUAUAUCGCAUUUGAAGUUUCAAACUGAGUUAAAAAUAGUGGAAGAAAAGCCGUAAUUAUACUUAAUAUUGUUACAAUCCAUUUAAUAAAAUGCAACAUUUUUUUGUUUUAAUGAAAAAAUCAGUUAUUUUCAUGAGAACGAUUUGUUAUUCCAUCUCAAUUUUUUUAAUCUCCAAUCGCAAUAACGUAAAGUAUUAUUACCCGCGAACCAAUGAGUCAAAUUUAAGAAACAACCCACUGUUGGAAAGCUGAAUGGCUACGCUUUAAAAUGAAUGUAAACUUUAACGUUUUCGUCUAUUAUUUGUUUAGCAAUUUACAUUUCAGUCGAGGAUUGCGCUUUUUUUGAUACACCCUGUAUAGCUGGAACCAUCUAUUGAUUUAGGCGGUGAAAACUGCAACAGACGACGAUUGCAAGGAUUCGAAGAAAGAUGAUGAGGAGAAACUUGAAUUGAACGAUCAAAUAAUUAGAUUGAAGGAAAAGUGUGAAAAAUUGGUGAAAGAGAAAGAAAGUUUAGAAAGUGGAGUGAAGAAUAAAUCUGUUUCUAACGAAGAUAUACAGGCGGUAGGUUUUCUAAUAUAAGACAUUGAGGCAUUUGAGACAAGAGUGCAAUAAACAGCAAAGUCUAUUCCUCCGUCGUAUUUCAGAUUAACAAGCUCAGCAAAGAAGAACAGUUGAAGGAAUCCCUACGCAAAGACAAUGAAGAAGUGCAAGAUCUGAAGGCAGAAAUUGUCGUCAUGAAUAACGAAAAUAAAGAACUUAAAACCAAAACUAAGGUAUACAUAUACCUCAGUGUUUAUUGCACUUGUCUUUCAUCUGUGUGACUGGGGUUCUAUUCCUGCAAUAUGUAGUUGUCAAUAUAUGUAAUUUCACCUCAGUCACAUGUGAGAAGAGUGCUUCCAGUUUGACUCUACCAAACGCCGUAGGUUUUCUUCGGAUACUCCAAUUUCCUCCUGUAGUAACACUGGAGCAAUAAGGCGAAGACCCUUACUAGAACAGUUUAGAACUAAUUGGUAGAGCUAUCCAGUACAAAUAAAGCUAGUUUAGUAUAGACAUUUUGUAUAUACUAAUUUAGAUGUUGGGUUUCUUCAUUGUCAAGGAUUUACAAGCAGACCUACGAAAAACAUCGGAACUACUUUCUGAGUUGCGGAAACGAAGUGAAACUUUCGACGCUGAACUUGCUACAACUACGAAGAAUGUGAAUGAAUAUGAAAAGGUAAUGCGUUUAAUGGGUGUUUCCAGCUGUGGACGAAAUUUUGAUCAAGGCAAGAAGAACGAAAUCCAACACCUCACCUAGAAAGAGCAUCUUAAAAUGAGUAAAAUUGCAAAGUUUGGUUGCGAAAUGUUGUAAAAUGAGGAAAAUAUAGUCCUGUGAAGUUCGCAAAUUUUGUAUAUAUUUGUAUUACGCGCAUUUUUGAGCCGAAAGUGAUUAUUUUUACCGCGCGUAAUACAAAUAUAUACAAAAUUUGCGAACUUCACAGGACUAUAUUUUCUUCAUUUCACAACAUUUCGCAACCAAUCUUUGCAGUUUUACUCAUUCCAAGAUGCUCUUUCUAGCUGUGCUGUUGGAUUUCGUUCUUCUUGCCUUGAUCAAAAUUUAGUUUAUGUAGCUGGAAUCAUCAUUGACGCGUGUCGAUGAAGUUGCCCACCAUAUGAAACCAUCGACAUUUUUUUCGUUCUUCACAGACAAUCGAGGCUCUAAAAGCGACAUGUUCGAUGCUGGAAGGUCAAAUUGAGGAACUCGAAAUUUUGAAUGAUGAAUUGGAUGAAAGGAAUGUACAGCUGGAAAUUGAAAAGUAAGUUUGCCACAGUGAUUAGACAGGGUUCGUAGCGGUCUUUGAAAUCCUUGAAAGUCUUUAAAUUUGAAUGCAGGUCUUUAAGGUCUUUGAAAAGUCUUUGAAGCGUGUGAAAAAGCGAAGAAAGUCUUUAAAGGUUUUUAAAUUCUUUAGUGAUUAUUUGAUUAUACGAUUUUCUAACUAAUAAAGUAGAUUGAUUGAAGCAAAAUUUGACGAAAAAGUGCAUUUUAGGAUGUGAUUUGACGGGACUAAUUACCUGGUAAAAAUGGUGCUUAUACAUCGCAAUUUUUCGACACCUGAUUGCUCUCAAAGGUCUUUGAAAAGUCUUUGACAAUAGGCAGAACAAAUCUUUGAAAGUCUCUGAAAUUUUUUGGUCUUGGAGACUGCGAACCCUGUUAGAAGAUCUUGAAAUGAUCCUGUUGGAAGUGUAUGAAAUGUUUUUGCAAAAUUUAUAAUGAUCCUAUGUUGAUAGAGAGUAUGUCUUUUUGUUGUAGAAAACAAUUACAGUUAGCAAAUGAGAAGUACGAAUCGAGAUUAGAGCAAGAAUUGUAAGUAAUAUAUCAUACCUGUAUAUUUAUUAAAAGAUUCUAAUAGAUAAUUCGUAAGCAAGCAAUAUUAAUAUAUAUUGUAAGCAAUAUAUCAUAUAUAUUACAGUAUAUCACGAUUAUAAUAGAUAAUUCGUACAUUCAAACAAAUUCAUUCUUUGGUGUUGUUAAAUGUUUGUAGAAGCAGGGAAGGUGAGGACAAGGAAAGCAACGACCAACUUGAAAAAUGUCGAAAAUUGAUCGACGAAUACCGACAAACGGUAAGAUUUGUUUAUUUUUGCCGUGGUAACCAGGGUGGAAACAGUUUACCCCAGCUUGCGCGGCGCUCAACGAAGAACAAUUGUUUUUUUUUUAGAUUUCUGAACAAGAGACUCAACUUGGAAGAUCGGAACUGAAUUUGAAAUCUUUGGAACGAAAAAUGGAGAAAGAAUUGACGGCAAAGAAAUCCUUGCUUGAGAACGUAAGUGAUGAUGUCCUUUACAUAAGUUGUGGAUAAUUUGUAAGAAAUAUUUGAGGAAAUUGACUCGGUGUUUAACAUUAAGUCAGUUUCCUCAAAUAUUUCUUACAAAUCCUUAACUGCAUACUCAGGGUUCGUAGCGGUCUUUGAAAUUAAUCCUUGAAAGUCUUUAAAUUUGAAUGCAGCUGGUUUUAAAGUCUUUGAAAAGUCUUUGAAUUGUGUGAAAAGCGAAGAAAGUCUUCAAAAGUCUUUAAAUUCUUUAGUGGGGAAUAGAUUUAUUGAAGCAAGAUUUUCGCAAAUAUGGACGAAAAGGCGCAUUUUAGGAUGUGAUUUGACGGGACUAAUUACUGGGUAAAAAUGGUGCUUACACUCGCAAGCUUUUACAGCUUUUUCGACAGCUGAUUGCUCUCAAAAGUCUUUGAAAAGUCUUUGAAAAUAGGCAGAAAAAUCUUUGAAUAUUUUUGGUCUUGGAGACUACGAACCCUGAUAGUACAUGAAUCAAACCUCGGUCACAGAGACAUAUGCACUGACCCAAAUGCUCCAACGUUUUCUAAAAUUGUCAUUUUAUUUUUAAGGUUGAGCAACAAAAAACUACAGUGUCCUCACUGGAGACAGCAAAGUCGGAGCUUGAACAAGAGUUACAGCAAUUGAAAGAGCGUCAAGAUGAGAUGUUAACGGAAAACAGCGCCAUGGCGGAACAUCUAGAGACGUUGAAGUCGCUGCAUGCUGAGGAGAAAGUGAAGCUUGUCUCCACCAGUGCACAGCAAUCGAAAUUGAUCGACUUCAUGCAGUUUAAAGCGGAAAGUAAAACUUCAAAGUGGAAGGUACGUUAUGAUGAUGAAUUGGUGAUGAUGCUGGUGAAUUGGUGAUUGUGACUGUGAUAGUGGUGGUGAUGGUGGUGAUGAUGAUGGUAAUGAUGGUGGUGGGGCCAAAAAAAAUAUGUGGGUUUCCUAUUUCUUCUUCUAAAAACUUAGGUAGGGUAGGUCGGUUUUAACUUUUUUUUUAACUUUUUUUUUUAAUUUUCCUAACAACUGGACGCCAUUUAGUUUAGUCAGUGCUUCCACAUUCAAAGAUAAAUUUCCCUAAUGCCUCAAAUUUUCAUUUUCACAAACGUUUUCCUCUAAGUGGAAACUCUUACAAGCAUGAUCCAAUAAAAAAGUUUAGGGUCGGGAUUUCGGCGUCCAAAAGCUAGGUAGGGUCGGGAAACCGGAAACCCACAUAUUUGUUUUUUGGCCUGGUGGUGAUGGUGGUGAUGGUGAUGAUGGUGUUGGUGGUGGUGGUGGUGAUGGUGAUGAUCAUGGUGAUGACGAUGAUCAUGGUGAUGGCGAUUAUGAUGGUAGUGGCGGUAAUGAUGGUGAUGAUGUUUGUUUUAUUAUUCUUGUUGUAUAGUCGUGUUAUGCAGUAUAUAUGGUCUUUCUUUAGCGUCUUGGAGUGUCGAACCUCAUCAGUUCACGCAAGCAACAUUCGGACGAGAAUAAUUUCAUUCCGCAUCAAUGGAGCGAACUUCAACAAACGUUGGAAAAAGAACGAACCAAUCGUUCCCAACUUCAACAAGAGUUGAAUAAAGCCAAAGAAGAACUCGACGAGACGAAAGAAAAAGGUAUUCAACAUUUUUAAAUUAAAUAUCAGUGGAACCCCUUCUCAUUCUAUGUCCAGUGUUUUCAAAUGCCAAAACUCUGUUUUCAAAUGCCAAAACUCGGUUUUCAAAUGCCAGAACUCCCUUUUCAAAUCUCAAAACUCCUUUUUCAAAUGCCAAAACUCCUGUUUUCAAAUGCCAAACUCGUUUUCAAAUGCCAAAACUCAGUUUUCAAAUGCCAAAACUCUGUUUUCAAAUGCCAAAAUUCAGUUUUCAAAUGCCAGAACUGAGUCAAAUCGCAGCGUGUAGACGUACCUUACGAAAGACUACUGACCUAAUCCAAUUUUCUCUCCAGUAACAUAUUGGAAAGGUCGUUGUCACCUGACACCAAAUGCAACAGUGGCGCGUUCCAACCAAUCAUUGGCGGUGAUCUCUGCAAUCCAGCAAUCCCCAAGCCAGCAGCCCAGUCCUGGAUCCACUCUUACACCAUCCGUUUCACGUAAGAGGAAAAAUUCAUCGAAUUCUACACAUAGACCGAAGGAACGCAUGCAUCACAACAUCCCUCAUCGGUACGUGUAAUAUUUCGGAGUGUUGGCUGGCACGUUGUGUCUUCCUAUGAUCAGCACUAGAUUCCUGUAAUACACAGUUGUAGGGUUGCACCAUAUUCUCAAAUUCUGUUCUUUCAUAGGUUCACCGUCGUGCUCAAUAUGCGAGCUACCCGUUGUCCUGUGUGUCUCGACAGUAUAUUGUUUGGACGACAAGUGUCGAAGUGCACUGGUAAGGAUUAGGAAUGUUCGGUAUGAAAAAUUUCCGGUAUCGGUAUACCGAAAAAAUUAUACCGAUAUUAUCGGUAUACCGGUUUUCCUUUGAUAAUUAUAAAGGAAAAUUCUUUAAUGGAAGUUUGAAGGAAAUUUUGAGUAAUUCUAAAAGGGAAAACGAUAAUUUCGAAGCUGUUUCGAACAUGUUUCAAACGACAUGCACGUACUCAGUGUAAAAUCUCACUUGAAGUGGAAAUUCUAAAUCAUUGCUGUAGAAAGUACUUUGAAUUGCCAUGCAGUAGUAAAAUAAAGGUUAUGGUUUCGCCAUAUAGUUGGUAAAUUUAACACGGUAUACCAAAAAAUUCCGGUAUAUCGGAAAUUUCGGUAUAUCGGUAUGGUUGAAUAUCCAGUAUCGAUAUACCGAUAUUGAUUUAAUACCGAUAUUUUCGGUAUAUCGGUAUACCGAACAGUCCUAGUAAGGAUUAUCACGGGAGAUAGGAACUUAGCAUUAUUAAAAAAGCUUCGGAUUGAUAAGAGAUGUAACUACGCUAGCGAAGGCACUUCAUCGAGAAGAUAGUAGUCAAAGUGCCUUCGCUCGAAACGCCGAAGUUCUCCUUGUUCAGCUACACACGUAUAAACGCACAAGUUGUAACAAACCUGCAGCAGACUUGUAGCAAUGCUGUUCCAACAAGUUGUCAAUAGGAUGUGUUCGCACUGCUUGUUCCCAGCUUGUUGACAAGUUGCUACAAGAUUGUUCAGCUGAACAGGCUUGUUACAAGUUGUUCCAUGCAACAACUUGAUAUCGUUCUGGGGCAGGUUGUUCAAAGCUGGGUUAGCUUAACCCUGGGUUAACCUAAAAUUCAAAGCAAACUUCCUGACAGCUUGUCUAUAAAUUUGGAAAUAUUUCUUCAGAGAUGUUGUCUGGAUUGAUAGGAGUUUUCUUCUCUGAAGUUUUGAAAUAAACAGACGUGCAGAAAUACACGAACUAAAACAGCAGGUUAAAUUUUAACCUAGGGUUAGCGUUAACCAUGCACCUUUGAACAACCGGCCUCUGCAAUUCAACAUUUUGUCAACAAGUUGUGAGUGACAGCCUUAGCAACUUGAUAAAAUAACAGCAUUGACGUUGUUACAACUUCUUGACGAGCUUGUUACAAGCCUGUUGCGAACACAUCUUGUUGACAAGUUGUGAGAUAUUUACGUCUGUAGUUUGCUUCCCUAUCCAUCAGAAGAUUUCUUUUUUAAACUAAGACCAGGCAAUGAUAUUUAUCAAAGUCUGUUUCGCUGUAGAAUGUGGUAUCGUAUGUCAUUGCAAGUGUUCUAUGUCUUUGCCUCGUACCUGCGGCUUGCCCACUCAGUAUGUGGAACACUUCAGUGAGGCAUUGCGAGGAUCCAGGACGGAAACAUCGUUACUCGUUUCAUCUGAGAAUGCCGACCUCUCUGACGGCAAGGAAAUCUCUAUGGAGGGCUGCUUGAAAGUCCCCAGGUAACUAACUAGUUUCAUAUUGUCCUGACACUGUAGAGACGCAUUCUCGUAUAGAAAUAGUUAUUUUUUCGUUCACAGAAAUGGUUCUGCCAAGAAUGGUUGGGAUACAAAGUAUGUUUCUUUGAAAGAUGGAAAAUUGGUUGUCUCUGAAUCAGCAGACAAGAAUAACAACCCUGGUAAUAAAUGUUAAACUAAACUAACUUUAUUUAUACUGCAUAGCUCUAUCAGAGUUCCAGACUGUUCUCCCUAGAGGUCCAGUAAGAGUCCUCUCUUAUUGAUCCAGUGUUAGUACAGGAGGAGACCUAAACUACAUUAACUAUCUUUAUUUAUACUGAAUAGCUCUAUCUGAGUCUAUCAGUUCUAAACUGUUCUCCCUAGAGGUCCAGUAAGAGUCCUCUCUUUUUGAUCCAGUGUUACUACAGGAGAAAACCUAAACUAAACUAACUUUAUUUAUACUGGAUAGCUCCAUCAGUUCUAAACUGUUCUUCCUAGAGGUCCAGUAAGGAUCAUCUCUUAUUGAUCCAGUGUUUCUACAGGAGGAAACCUAAAAUAAACUAACUAUAUUUAUACUGGAUAGCUCUAUCAGUUCUAAACUGUUCUCCCUAGAGGUUCAGUAAGGAUCUUAUUGAUCCAGUGUUACCACAGGAGGAAAACAAAACUAAUUUUUAUUUUUUAAUGUCGCAUUAGACCAACAAUGUGAACAAUUCAAUCUUUGUGAAAAUGAAGUGAAAGUCUACUCUGCCGUGGCGGGUUCAGACCUUCUUGGAGCGGCAGCAACGGACCUGCCGUACGUGUUCUCUAUUGAAGUUCGUCCUCAGACCACUUGUUGGCCCGGUCGCACGCUGUUCUUACUAGCGUCCAGUUUCCCUGAGAAGCAGAGAUGGGUGAGAGCUCUGGAGAAUGCCGUGAAUGAAAGAAAGCCGGCUGCGUUGCCGAAUAAUAAUCAGGUAGCUGACUGUAUGGCUUGCUAUUAUUAUGUUUAAGAUGUGGAUGUCCGGGAUGCAUGGAUAUCCUCAAUUUGUGUUUGGGGUUUCAUCAUAGUCAAUAAAAUAAGAAAGUUAGGCAAAAAAAAAAAUAUGUGAGUUUCCGGUUUCUUCUUAUAAAAACUUAGGUAGGGUAGGUCGGUUUUAACUUUUUUUUUUAAACUUUUUUUUUUAAUUUUCCGAACAACCGGACGCCAUUUUGUUUAGUCAGUGUUUCCACAUCCAAAGAUAAAUUUCCCUAAUAUUGCCUCAAAUUUCAAUUUUCCACAAAGUUUUUCCUCUAAGUGGAAACACCUACAAGCAUGAUCCAAUAAAAAAGUUUAGGGUCGGGAUUUCGACGUCUAAAAGCUAGGUAGGGUCGGGAAACCGGAAACCCACAUAUAUUUUUUUUUUGGCCUUAGGGAACUCGAUGCAGACAUGAUAUACGGAUAUACCUCAUUAUCUAUGUUUUUGACUUGGUUUAUGCAAAAUGCCAGUUCAUUGUCACGUGUGUAUUGAUUUUUCGCCAAACCAACCAAUAGCAGUGCGUUGGUUUAAUUACCCAGUCGUGAUAUUACACUACAAUGGUUAAAUGAGAACAUAGCUAUUGGUUGCUGUAGCGCGGAAAAUACAAUACACACGUGACGAUGAACGGACAAUUUCUCGCAUAAACCAAGGCAAAAACAUAGAUAAUGAGGUGUAUUAUGUCUGCGUCGAGUUCCCUAACCUUCUUAUCGUAUUCAAUAUGGUUUCAGUCAUAGAUAUCGUAUAUAAACUAGAUAGCGCAUCUCUUUUAGUAAAAUUGAAGCCAAGAAUAUUCCAGCGGUUACCCCAUUUGAAUAGAUGGCGGCCAUGUUGGUCGUUCCCACUUGCUAAUAAACGCUUAAAAACAACGAUAACUUUCAUCAUUUGAAUAGUUUAAAAAUGUAUUUGGAAUAGAGUUAACUUAAUAUUUCCCUGUUUAAGAAAUAGGAAAUAUACGAAUCUCCUCAUUUAAUGGGAACGACCUGAGACUGCAAUCACGGCUUCAAUUUUUGAAUUGCAAAAUAAUUACAUGCACUAUCUAGUGUAUAUAAAAUAUAUAUGGUUUCAGUCAGCGUCAAAGGGCAGCAGAUGGUGGUCAAUAAUAAUACAGAAUUAACAUUUUUUAAUUUUCUAAAUGCUGGUUGGUCACCAUUUGUUGGCCUGUAAUAUUUGAAUAACAAAAAAAUCUCGCAUUAUGUCAAAAAUUAUUUUGCGUACUUAUCAAAAAAUACAUAUCAACAUUGAAAAAACAGGAGAACGUUUUUUCAAAAUAUUGUGUGUUUUUUUAAAUUAGCAUAUUGAACUUUGUACCGAUUGUUUUUAUGCUAAUUUUAUUACUCGCAAAGCUGGUAGUUACUUUUUCAAAAAACAAAACUUUUUGUUAAGAUUUGUUAUUUUUUUCUAGAAAAUAAAUGGCAAUUUGUUACUCGGAAUGAAAGGAGAGGAACGCCUGGAUAUUAACACAACUGGCGUUUUAAAUGACAAGGUUUGAUGUCAUUUAUUUAUAUUUUGCAAUAGUUAUUAAGCUAAACUAACUUUAUUUAUACUGGAUAGCUCUAUCGGGUCUAAACUGUUCUUCCUAGAGGUCCAGUAAGGAUCAUCUCUUACUGAUCCAGUGUUACUACAGGAGGAAACCUAAACUAAACUAACUUUAUUUAUACUGGAUAGCUCUAUAAGUUCCAAACUGUUCUUCCUAGACUAAGAGGUCCAGUAAGAGUCAUCUCUUAUUGAUCCAGUGUUACUACAGGAGGAAACCUAAACUAAACUAACUUUAUUGAUACUGGAUAGCUCUAUCAGUUCUAAACUGUUCUCCACAGAGGUUCAAUAAUACCAGUCGUUCAUUGAUCCAGUGUUACUAAAGGAAAAACCAGUAAAGAUAAAGGCAAGUCUGGAACAAGUUGUUAUCAUCUUGUAAUAAGGUUGAUGAGGCCAACAGACUCGCAACAAGUUGUUCCAACAAGUCCGAUAUAGUCUGCACGUAACAAGUUAUUAGCAAGUUGAAGAGAACAAGCUCGUUGCAACUUGUUACGAACAGCCUGUAUUAUAGUCUUGUUGGAACAACUUGUAGCAAGCCUGUUGCCGUCAUCAACCUUGUAACAAGGUAAUAACAACUUGUUCCAGACUUGUCGCAACAACUGGGAACAAGCAGUGCGAACACAUCCUGAUAUUGGCUUCCCAACAACCUUGUUGCAACUUGUUUGCAGAUCUUUAACAAUUUGCGCGUAUUUACAUGUGUACACUGCGCUGUAAUUGUUUCCUAAUAUUUUUAUCCGUUAUCUAGUUCGUACUGUUGGGCGCAGAAGAAGGAUUGUUCAUUUUACCUGUGGGAAAACCAGGUCAUGACAACAGGCCUCGCCAAAUACCUGGAGUGAGGAAUGUUUAUCAAAUUAAGAUUGAGAAACAUCUUGGAUUGGCACUUCUUAUUUCAGGUACACUUGCUACAAUUGACUGCUGUAGAUUGUGUCUCAAAGUUGUGCCUCCUGAAAGAGAUUAAAGGUUAGUUUACAUUUCAAGUUUCUGUGAUUUUGCAUAGGUAAAUUCUAAGUUUUGAAGGAUUUGUAAGAAGUGUUUGAGGAAACUGACUUCAUGUUUAACACUGAAAGAGUUCCCUCAAACAUUUCUUUCAAAACUUAGAAUUUACCGAUGCAAAAUUCCUACUGUGAUCACAGAAACGUUGAUAGUGCGAACUAGCAUUAACAAAACAUUUCGACGUUGUGAGCGAAGGCCCUAUGCGUCAAGACAGAAUUACUAACGUGGUCGUUCUGUCUUGUAUUUUUAGGAGUUGAUCGAGAACUGUUAUCUGUUGAUCUCAAACAGCUCGAGGCAUGUACGAAACAAUCGCGUGAAGUGCCUUUGGCUCCUCUUGAAUGCCAAAAUGUUGGCAACAUUACGAACUGUCAUCUCUUUGCUUCGAAGAAGGUACUUUGCAGUUGUCUGAGACUCUGAAUAUAAUAAAUUUCACAUCAGUCACAUGUCAGAAGUGUGUCAGUAUAGGUUUUUUCCUGGGAUUCCCGUUUUCUCCUGUAGUAACAAUAAGCGAUGGCAUUUUCCGGUUUUUCCUGUAGUAGCACUGAAACAAUUUUAAAGGAUGGUUCUCAGUGGAUCUCCAAGGAGAACAGUUUAGAACUGAAUCAACUGAUAGAUAUAUCCAGUAUAAAUGAAAUUUGUUUAGGUUUCCUCCUGUAGUAACACUGGAUCAAUAAGAGACGACUCUUCGUGGACCUCUAGGAAGAACCGGUUAGAACUGGUAACGUUAUCCAGUAGAAAUAAAGUUAGUUCAGGUUUCCUCCUGUAGUAACACUAUAUCAAUAAGAGACGAGUUUAGAACUGAUAGAGCUGUCCAGUGUAAGUAAACUUAAUUUGGCUAGUUAUGUACUUCAGUAAACGUUAAUUUAUUUCAUUUUUCUAUUAAGGUUGAAGAUGGCAUGUUCCUUUGUGCUGCUUUGCCAAACAAAAUUUCAGUUUUAAGAUUUAAUACUUCGAUGAAUUGUUUCGUGACAAGAAAAGAAAUUGACAGCAGUGAGCCGUGUAGUUGCAUCUUGUUCUCUAAUACCAAAAUUAUUGUUGGUUCCAACAAGUUUUAUCAAAUUGAUUUGCGACAGUUCACAAUCAAAGGUAAUGGGUGGUGGUGGUGGUGGUGAUGCCUGAUGGUGGUGAUGUUGGUAUAGGAUGAUGAUUGUGAUAUUGGUGAUGGGUGAUGGUGGUGAUAAUUGUUGUCGUGGUGACCAGCAGGGUGUUUAUGGUGGUAAUGAUGAUUAUGUUAAUGAUUAUUCUCUGUUUCUUACCAGAUUAUUUAGACUGUAAAGAUACAACCUUGGCAUUUGCUGUGUACCACGCAAGCCAAGCUAACAGCUUUCCUGUUGAUGUUCUUCAAGUGUCAAAGUCGUCUGCCGAGGAAGAAUUCCUGCUUUGUUUCAAUGGUAAAAACUAACAUCCCUGACUACUCUCUCAUGUGUCAGAACGCUCCCAAAAACUUAACGAUUUUCAUAAUUAAACCAUACAAUGAAUCUAUUUAGGUUUUGGCGUGUUUGUCGAUGCAAGCGGGAAACGAACAAGGAAAGAUGAUUUGAAAUGGACGGGUCUUCCACUUUCGUUCGGUAAGGAAGACGCCUAGUUUGAUCUUGCGAAAUUGUUAAAUGUAUAAAUAGUUAUUGUGGCCUGUGUGACUUCCAGCGAGGACACCCCCUCUUCAGUAUGUCACUUAUCAGGUUGUAAAUGCUUGGUUUGUGUAAAAUAAUUCAUCGCCUCAUUCGUAUUACAGCAUAUCAAGAACCAUACCUGUAUGUGACCCAUUUCAAUUCGAUCGAAAUUUGUCAGAUACCUGCACUGGAACAACAGGGGUAAGUCGCUGUAUUAUUAGCCAUUCCGAAGUUGACGAGUGGACUGGGGACGAGUGUUAAAAAGUGCUCAAAUUAAGAAAUGAAUCAAAUCACUAAAAAGACCACCUCAAAAUUAGCAAGUAUACAAAUAUUUAGUAAGUAUACAGAUGUUUACAUGAAUAUCCUUCGAAUAAUAAGCUUUCGAAAAUCCGAUAUUUACUAUGAAAUGUAUUGCAAUUUUUGUUUUUGGGACGCGCGUCCCAAAAACAAUCUUUUAAUCAGUAAUUUCAUCAUUUUCGAAGGGUAUUCAUGUAAACGUCUUCAAACUUUGUAUACUUGCUAAUUUUGAGGUGGUCUUUUUAGUGAUUUAGUUCAUUUCUUAAUUUGGGCACUUUUAACACUCGUCCCCAGUCCACUUAUCAACUUCGGAAUGGCUAAUUGCUCGUGAAACCUUUCAUCUCUAUCGCGAAUGGGAACCAUUUCUGCAACAUAAAUUGUCUCAUUAUAAUUUCAUCUCAAUUGAAUCUGAGAAGAGUAGGGUCGGGCGGUUCAGGGUAAAAACCGAAAAACGCCGGAAAAAAAUCCUGAAAAAAACGAUGUUUUUUAAUGAAAUUUCCUUAGGAAAAUUUAAAGGAAAUUUCAUAAAAUAGUGGAAACACUGAGUAAAAUAUGGCGGCCAUUUCGAUUACGAAUAAUAUGUCCGUCUUAUUUUCGCUUUUACACACAUCUGAAAUAAGCCAGGGUACAGAAUAUGAAUACGAGUUGAUUGUAAGCCACCGCUAUUUGAUUUUUUUCCGUUUUUUUCUGUUUUUUUUUGUCAAAAUGGUUUCCAUCUUGUAGUAAUGCGUUACUGGAUCCAUUGAGAGUAGAUUAACCGAUGGAGCUAUCCAGUAAAAAUAAAGUUAGUUUGGUUUAGGUUUCCUCCUGUAGUAACACUGGAUCAAUAAGAGAUGAUCCUUACUGGACCUUUAGGAAGAACAGUUUAGAACUGAUAGAGCUAUCCAGUAUAAAUAAAGUUAGUUUAGUUUAGGUUUCCUCCUGUAGUAACACUGGAUCAAUUAGAGAUGAUCCUUACUGGACCUUUAGGAAGAACAGUUUAGAACUGAUAGAACUAUCCAGCAAAAAUAAAGUUAGUUUAGUUUAGGUUUCUUUCUGUAGUGACACUGGAUCAAUAAGAGAUUAUCCUUACUGGACCUCCAGGGAGAACAGUUUAGAACUAAUAGAGCUAUUUCUAUGAAAACAACUUUAUUAACUUGGGAAAAUUCUUUCAUUUCAGAACGAUAUCUCGAAAGUUUGCCGAGAUCACGAGACCAAGGAUUCUGGGAGCGGCAAUGGCAACAGGCGCUAUCUAUCUUAUCAGCUCUUUGACAGACGAAAUAAAUCUUCUGUGCUACCAAGCCAACCUGACGCCAGUGCUCAGCAAUCUAUUUACCAACGCCUCGGUACCAGAGAACGAACCCAGCCAGACGAGACUGGGACGAAAACGGCUUCAUACUGCCAUUGGCUGCGAGAACCAACAUCCGCCUUCUCUCAGCGCUUUCUCAAAAGACCCCAAAAAAUUUCUUCGCCACUCGCUUCGACGCUGAUGAGUGAAUAAGCUAAGUGACUGUUAGAUGUCGUGAUUGCUUACAGCAAUAAGGACAAUAGCUACUCGUAUAUGUACACUGCAUAUAUAGAAAUUAAUAUAUAUCAUAUUCUGACAUAUAGCACUAUUUGCUAGGUGCACACUCGGAGAAUAGCUAUUGCAUAAAGUAUGCAUUUGCAUGUAUAUUGCAUACAGCAGUAAUAUAUUCUGGCAUAGCACUAUGUGAGAUAGCUAAAUCCCAUAUACAUAUCAUUAGGGAAUAGACAUCAUAUUAGGGAUCAUAUAUAUUCGUGAGUGUAUGUAGACAAUGAAUUCGAAAUGACUUUUCAAUUAUAGGCUAAAUUUAAAUAUUAUUUUUAACGAUUUUGUAAGUAUUACCAAUAUUUUUUUAUUAAUUGAAAUAUAUAUUCAGAUUAAUUCAC